AUGAACCCCACGUGGGUCCGCCUUCAACAUUUCUUUUCCAUUCUCUCUUAACUCAGAAACUCCACUCUUCCGUCCUUCCUCUCUCCGUGACACACAAAUUGAAUUCUUUGCCAUCCAAAGAGAAUUACGACAUGGGCAGAUGAAGCAUUGAAGGAGAGCUAUCAACUCUUGUAGUUGCCAAAGAUGAACAGCAUCACGUAUAUGGCAGUGGUACUAGUAGUGGUGACCAUGUUUGUGCCAACAGUAUUGGUUGUGAUGGUGGUGGUGAGAGUCAGAGUGGAUCUUUUUCAGCCACAGGUGGGAUAUUCAUCACCUGCUCAGACUGGAAUCAUGGAUGACCUGGGUCUUACAGUGGCUGAGUACUCACUUUUUGGUUCAAUAUUGACAAUUGGAGCAAUGAUGGGUGCAAUAGUGAGUGGCCAAAUAGCAGAUUACAUAGGUAGAAGAGGUACAAUGGGCUUUUCAGAGAUAUUCUGCCUGGCAGGGUGGCUAGCCAUAGCAUUCUCAAAGGGUGCUUGGUGGCUUGACCUUGGGAGACUGUUGGUAGGUUGUGGGAUGGGACUCCUUUCCUAUGUGGUACCUAUAUAUAUAGCAGAAAUAACACCUAAGAAACUUCGGGGAGGGUUUACAACUGUUCAUCAGGUAAGGCAAAAUUCUUAUGAAUAUGGAAACCAUGUAAGUCAUUGCCCCGUUCACCUAUUAAUUGCCACUCAUACAGUUGAUGAUUUGUUGUGGGGUAUCGUUAACAUAUUUAAUUGGAGCUUUUGUGAAAUGGCGAACUUUGGCUCUGAUUGGAACUAUACUAUGUCUAGUACAACUUCUUGGUCUAUUCUUUAGUCCAAAAUCUCCAAGAUGGCUGGUGAGUUAUUCAAAAUUUUAUUAGAAGAUGUUUUUGGAAGGUGUUGGGAAAAUAACACAUUGGGAAGACUCCAAUUGAGGAGUUAAUAUAACAUAUCACGACACCAAUCAACCCAAAAGCUUGAGGUAAUGGGUUUAGGCUUAAUUAUAUUAUAUUUAAUCACUCACUUUUGUCAUUAUUAUCCAAUACGAGACUUUACUAGUUUUAACUGAACAAUUUACAACUAACCACACCACUCCAUUGUAAAUAUUCUAACAAAAGGUGCUCUUUGGAUAAUGCAUUUGAAAACUAGAAAAAAACAAAGAGUUAAAGUUUUGCUAAUCAUUGCCUUUUCCAUUAUUCUUUUUUUUAGCCAAGUACAUGUGAUUUGACUAAGAUGUCUAAAUGCUAUAAAGUGGCAAAGCAAAUUCAAGCAUUGACUGACAGGUUUAUAUGAUUUUUUUUAGGCAAAAAUUGGUCAAAAGAAAGAGUGUGAAGCUGCUAUACAGCACCUUAGGGGGCAGAAUGCUGAUAUCACUCCAGAAGCUACUGAGAUUAGAGUAAAUUUUGGACUUCAGAUGUC